AGCGCAGCAGGCAAGGGACGUAGCGCAGUGAAGGCCUAGUUGCGCCUCGUUCUCUCCGACGUCCAUAACAGCGAGACAGCGCCCUUCGAUUUGAAAUGGGACCUGCGUCGCGUCGCCAAGAUCUUCGUUCAAACUCUCUCUCGUCGGCAAGAACGCGGAAGGAGGCACAAAGGCGCCAGCGCUGGUCCGUGUCAAGAAGUCCAGUCUCGCCUCAGAAGACGCUCAAUUUGCUCAUUUCUGCUCGGAAUAUGGAAGUCUUAGAAUGAUGAUGUAUCCACGUAGGAAAGACUCGGAGCGUGCCAGGUGAGUGGAUUUGCGUCUCUCGGGGUGGCUCUUCCAGCCGGACCUGAUGAAACACGUGAAACCAUCAGCAACUCAUUCUUUCGCUUGUCGGUUCGUCGAUCGGUUGCCCGACUUAUGCUUGUAUGGCUGGAGUUCGAAGUUACAACUCACUUUCCUAAGGUUGACAGACAUUUCUUACUGCCGGUCCCGUGCUGGGUUCGAGAAGAGUUUCAGAUAAGAUUGUCUUUUUGUUCCUUUUGUCAACCGGUUAAUUUUCAUCAGAUGCGGUAUAUUCCAUCCUGAACCUUGCAUUUCAGCGAUGUUUGAUGUGGAUUAAGAGCCGGGUUGACGAGUAUUAUGUUAGCGUUUUUAUGAUCAUUCGAAGUUCAAAGGGAGGAUCUGGGUAAAGCUUGUGAAGUUAAGAGUCAGAGCGAUCUCUUGGACUUAAAAUUGAUCAAUUCUUGAAUCAAUAUUCCAGCUAGCCUUGUCCGUUAUCCAUCUGAAUCCAUAAUCAACUUUUAGCUAGCGCAAUGGCGAAGACUUAUUCGGCAAAUUCAAAGAUCGAAAUUCCUGCGAAGGAGGCAGGUGAGCCUCACUCCGGAAUGUCUUUCGGAGGUUUCCUUGGAAGUGGUGGCACACGGUUCGCUGCGCCUUCAAAGCUCACCGGUUCGCGAACCGGGGAAAACUUUAAACAAUUGAAGCUUACCGCAGAAAAGAUGAUGCAGGAGCAGGCUUCCAUACAUUCAGAGCUUCAAAUUAUGAAAAACAAGUUUCUGAAUUCAGAAGAGCAAGUCCAGAAUCUUGAGUUGAAGAUGCAGGACUUGUAUAACGAGAAUGCAAAGCUUAAGGUCGAGCGCAAUGAGGACAUGAAUUUAUGGAAUGGGUUGGACUCUAAAUUUUUAGCCACCACAACAUUCUGCGAUCAUCUAGCCGAAACACUGCGGGUUCUGGAGGUCCAACUCGCGGAAGCGGAGCAGAGCAGAAAAGAUCUGGAGGAAAAGUUGGAAGAACGGAAAAUAUUCUAUGAGGAUACAAAGUCUCAGGUUGAUGACUUAUCACUGCGGAUACAAGAAACAGAAGACAAAAACAAGAUCUAUGAGGAAAGGAUUGCAAAUAUCAGCAACAAUCUUGAAGAGUCUGAAAAAAAACUUGAUGCCGACCAUGAAGAACUAAUGAAACUGAAGUGCGAGAAGGAUGACCUACAACAGCAGCUGAUCAACGCUGUCAGAAAAAUCGAGGACGACAAGGAAACGAUUGAAUCCAGGACAUCAGAGAUAGAACAUCUUACAAGAAAAUUGCUUAUAAAGGCAGAAGACGUGACAAAUCUGCAGGCUAAGAACCUGGUUCUUGUGCAAGAGGCUGGAGAACAAAUGCGCCACCUUAAGGAUACACAAAAUGCUUACAACCUUGAGCUGAAGGAAAAUGAGAUUCUCAAAGAGACAAGAACGAAACUGGAUCUUAAGAUUAGUGAGUUGCAACAUGCCAACGAAGUGGCCAAUACUACCAUAGAGAGUCUUCAUUCGGAGAGAAUCAGGACUGCUGAACAAUUCGAAGAGGAUAAAAAAGCGCAUCAGAUGUCCUCAGAUAUGCUGAAGCAACAACUGGCAGAAUUUGAGACUAUUGCUAACUCCUUGAGGCAAAACUUGCGAGAGAAGUCAGAAGAGACCGAAAUUCUUCACAGAAAAGUUUCGGAGAGCGAUGCUGAACUUGAGACUGUCAAGGACGAGGUUAUUAGGAUCCGGCAUGAGAGUAACGAGAACAAACAGUUGAUAGAGGCUGAAAUGUCUCAGCAGAAGGAGAAAUAUAAUCGAGAGAUCCAAGAGAUGCGAGUGCAAUUGACUGCUGCUGAGAAGGCGUCUGCGGAGAUCAGUUUAAGGUUUAAGUAUCAGUUGGAAGCUAAACAAGCAGAAUUGACCAGUCAUCUACAAGAGAUUUCGCAACGCAAUAAUCAGGAAAUGGCCGACAUGAGGAGAAAGUACGAAGCCCAAACAAGAGAAGCUGCUGCUGAAGAGAAACAAAAGGGCGAAUCUGCUUUGGAGACAAUAAAACGAGAGUCAGAGUUGCAACUCUCGAGGAAGCUAGAUGAGGCUAAAAACGUUUUUAAGAGGGCCCAAAAGGAUCAUGAAGAUAUGGUCAGGAUCAUUAAAGAAGCUAAUGAAGAGGAGAAAGAGAAACUUAAGGCAUUGCAUGCAGAAGAACUUGAGAAAAAGCAGCACGAGCUUAGUGCUGAGACAACAAAAAGAUGUGAUAAUAUUACAGAGGAUUUCCAGCAGCAGAUUAUGGAGCUUCAAAAGUCCCAUCAGGAGGAGGUCAUAAAAUUACAAGCACUUUUACUGGAGACUGCGGAAGAGGUCGCUUCUAUGAAAGAGCAGCUGGAAAAGUUGAAAGACGAUCACAUAAAAGAUCUCGCAAGUAAAAUACAAGAGAUGAACUCCAGAUACAAUUUACGAAGUCGCGAGCACGAGGCUGAAAUUGUGAGACUGGAGAUGGAAUGUACAAAGAUCAUUGAAGAGUGGAAAUCAAGAGCCUUGUUUUAUGAGGUCAAACUACGCACGGGUUGCCCAGAGGCUGGCCUAGUAGAGGAGGUUCUUGUCAGCAAUCCUUCGAAUUCUGGAAAAAUCAUAUCAGACAGGAUGGGUGAAUCUGAUGCAAAGGAAAAUGAACUCAAACCUAAGGACUUGGCCCAUAAAACUGCGGAUGCCGACAUGAACUCUACAUCGAGUUUGCUGCUGAUUGAAGGGGAGCCUCAGAUUCCAGAUAAAGCUGACUUUUCUCGAAGCAAUGUCUUGAAAACAUCUGGAAGGAGGCUGAGUGCAGUCUCUUCUACUCCGAGAGACGACAUGUUCAGACCUGCAGAUUCUGCUGGUCAUCUUGGGAGAAUAGAAAAGAAACAAACGAAAACGCAACGAAAUUCGAAGUCUUCAAAUCCAAGGGCAAAAAACCCGAAGGAUAAGCAGAGCGUGAAUACACACAGAGAUUCAAGACAGCAGAAGAACGCACUUGUUUUGACAUCAACCGGACUAACUGCAGAGAAGAGUCAACUUCAAGGGGCUUCAAAUAGUUUUAUCAAUCUUGAGGAUUCUGAAGACAAGGAGGUGGCAAGUAACCUGUCGACACCGAGCAAGAUGGUUGGACAGUGUUAUCGUUUCCAAUCGCACACAGAUCAAAAGGAUUCGAUGACGAGGCGUAGGAAGAUAGGCAGCAGGGCUGCGGGUCAGAAUCAUGUGGAAAAAACAAAGAAGAGAGUGAAGUUCAUCGACAAUCAGCAGUCGGACGUACGGUCCAAAACCUUGAGCGAUUUUUUUCAACUCGAUGAUUUGAUGGAUCCUUAUGAUGAUCCUUACAACUUCGAUGGGUAGGGAACAUUACGGAAUAGACCUGACCAUAGAUUGCUCAGGUGAUAGUAUUAUCACAAACUAAAUGUAAAUCUGAAUAGUGGCGGGAGACUGUAGAUUUAUUUCAUUUGUAGUUCCGUCCGUAAAUGGAAGACUGAAGGCACUUAAGAAUACCAUUGUGCCAGCCGAUUGUUGUCCCAUUAAGGACGAGUAGCCUUGAUGCCUUGAGUCAAGUUAUCAACGAUGUAAGCGAAGAUAUUAUACCUUAAGGUACAGAAUCGUAGAGACAUCCACAUCUAGCUUGAUGAUAUGUAUGAACUACGCUACAUGCUGUAGACACUAUAUAACUUCAUCCAUACAUUAUUUUUUGAACUCAAGGAUUCUAUAUUCAUGAUGAAUAGAGGCAUGCAGUCAAAUCA